AUGUCAAGCUUCGAAUCCAUCCUGGGAAAAUCCCCGAAAAAGGGCAAAACAGAAGAUGUAGAUUUCGUGUUUCAGAAGCGGCGCAUCGAUGAAGCGUUUCAGGAGCUUUUGCUGGAUUUGAAUGCAUUCGCUCAGGUGGAAGUGUACCUUAACGAGCUGGGAAAGAAAGGAGAAGAACAUUGGCAUAAGUUAAUGGAGGCAUCGCAGAAUCCCAACGAUUACGCAGGCUUUCGGGAACUUUUAUGGGAAUUGCGCAAAAAGGUUACAGCUGCGAAGGGUGGACCUAGCAAACGUCUUCAGCACACAAUCCAGCAGGUACAGGAGGCCAGCAAAAUGUCCCUUCUACGUCCCCCAAGUCCACCGGUACAGAUCAAGAACCGAGAGGAGCAGGAAACGUUUCGCUGGUCUCGUGUAAUCGCUUUGCAAGAAAGUAAAUUAGAAUCGUUGGAACGUAAGACAGAGGAGUAUGAGGAGAAGAUCGCCGCUCGGAAAGAUCAACGAAAGGAGCUACGUUUGCGUAGUGAUCGUGAAAAGGAAGCCCAACUGAACGCUUCGCAUACCGCUAUGGUGGAGAUAAAGCUGGAAGGUGAAGUAGAGAUCAAACGACUGCGGGAACAGGUCGACAGUAUGCCACACUUUGAAGUUACACCUGAGUACCGGAACCAUCUCGAUCAGCACCAGCAGAAGCGGAAACGCAUCGCCAAGUUGGAGCUGCAACUUCAGCUGUGGAUCAAGAAGUACGAUAAGUUCAUCGGUGAACCGAUGGCGUCCCUAGAGGAGCUGGAAGAGAAGAUGGCAGGGCUGGCAGAGUGGCGUGCGACCGUUCUCAAUCCGGUAGAAGACCGGAUGUUCGAGUUGCAGGAGAAGAUCGAUGUGCUGGAAGCGAUCGAGCUGGAGGAAAUGAUCGAACAGAUGCGAAAGGUUCACGCCGUGCGGGUUUUGCAGCGAGCCUGGAAGCGUACGCUUGAGGCAAAGCGAGCUAAAAAGAAAUCGAAAAAAGGAAAGAAGAAAUAA